CGCGACCUCCAGCGCGUUCCGUGGCUUUGCUCUCACCUCAGUCCCUACUACUCUUUCUAUCUUCUUUGCUGCUUCAUAAAUGCCACGCAGAACUUCCAACGCUGCCUCUGAUUCUGGCUCUGAGAAAGAACAAGAAUCGAAGGAGACCAAUGAGGGGGAGUUUGAGAUCGAGGCGAUCGUUAAGCAUAGCAACAGUGCCCUUGGCAAGGGUAUCAGAGCGUACUACGUCAAAUGGAAGGGCUACGACGACGAAGAAAACAGUUGGGUCACAGAGCAAGACGCUGCGGGUGCUCAGGAACUCAUCGACGCGUACUGGGCCGAAUACAAUGCCAAAAAGAACAAUCUCAGCUCUUCGACGUCGAAGGCUGCACGUCGAGCGAGUACCGUAAAGAAGACCCCGGAUCGAGGUGAACCGGCUUCCACGGGCACCAAGCGAGGUAGAAAACCGCGCACCUCCAAGGCUACGGAAGACGUCGACAUGGAUGCAGACGCAGAUGAUAGGGUGCCUGCAAAGAAAAGGAAAUCGGCUGGAAAACCUGAAGUUCUUGACGACGGUGACGCAGAGAACACGGAGGUGCAUGAUAUGGCAGAAUACGCAGGGCAGAGGUCAUGGGAAGGGCUGGUACACACGAUCGAUACUGUCGAGAGAGACGACGACGAAAACCUUACUGUCUACUUCAGACUGACGAACGGCAGUCACCGAAAGGAGCGCUCAAGCGUCUGUGCGGAGAAGUUCCCGAAGAAGCUCAUCAAAUUCUAUGAGUCCAAUUUGCGAUGGAAGUCGGCUGAUGCAGAUGGCUCCUCUUGAAACAUCCGAUAUUCAAUGCGCCUCCAUGUGGCUCAUUCGAGCAUCAAACCAUCCACACCCGUAGCGCAUUUGCUCAUUGUUACAUCCUGCUGGUUUGCUAGUGCUUGUAUUCUGCUGAGAUCCUGCCUCGAUGGCAAUGACAUGACCUGCAUGUACGAGCCUCAGGCCCGCGGCGCUCGGGGCGAUGCCUUUCCCCGGUGUUUCCACGUACCUGAUGGGCAUUUCUCCUCAGUCAAAUAUCACUGCGAUCAUCGCGGUGACCCGACAUUCGCUUCCGCUCUACGUAGACAAAAGGCUGAUACGCAGCAAUAACCGUAGGAUAACGACCGAAAUACAAGCGAAAACC